UGAAAUUAUAAUGUCAAUUAGAGGAUUAUCAAAUAUUGAAGUUGUAAACAUUGAACGACAGUCGAGUAGAAAAAAAAAUCAUGAAGAACACUGGAAGCCAGAAGAAGAAGUAGAAGGCAUAGGUUUGGCCGGUGAAGUAUUAUUUGUUCUAUUAGUCAUCUUCGUGAUUUGUACCUUUCCAAUAUCAAUAUUUUUUGCAAUACGUACUGUUAAAACCUAUGAACGAGCUAUUAUCCUACGUUUCGGCAAGUUGAAACGUUCUGGUGGGAAAUAUGUUUUAGGCUCUGGGCUACAAUUUUUAAUACCUUACGCUGAUGAAAUGAUCUCGAUUGAUUUACGUACACAAACAGUGAAUAUUCCACCACAAGAAAUACUUACAAGUGAUGCAGUCACUGUGACUGUUGAUGCUAUUGUAUUUAUGCGAGUCAUUGAACCAGCUGCUGCUCUGUUACGUGUUGAAAAUGCAAGGAGAUCAGCGGAGUUAUUAGCUGUCAGUUCGUUACGUUCAGUAUUGGGAACUUAUGAAUUAUCUGAAUUGCUAACAAAUCGUGAUCAAAUUGAUGAAAAAUUGGCCAAUCUACUAGACGAAGCUACAGAUGAUUGGGGAAUUAAAGUGGAACGUGUUGAAAUCAAAGAUGUUUCAUUGCCACAAGAUAUGCAACGUGCAAUGGCUGCUGAAGCUCAAGCAGUUAGAGCGGCUAAAGCCAAGGUGAUAGCAGCUCAAGGUGAAUUGGAUGCAUCAACAACAUUGAGAAAAGCUGCUGAAGAAAUGACCUUAUCCCCUGCAGCUAUACAAUUACGUUAUUUACAAACUCUAGCAACAAUUGCUACAGAACAAAACUCUACAAUUAUAUUCCCUUUACCAAUGGAAUUAUUUCAAAGUGUGUUGUCAAAGAAACACGCUUAACUGGUCUUUCUGUCUGUGUGUGUGCAUGUUGUACACUGCUGUUAUUGUUGAUAUUUUUUCCCUAACUAUUUUAUUCUGUUGGUUGUGAGAAGUGACCUUUUAUCAAGAAGAAAUUGUCCAUUGUAUAACCAAAACUUUACAACAUGGAUACACAAUUCACAUCGAUACACACGCUGUUCUCAGGACACUUUAAUACAUUUGUACUAAUCAAUCUAACAGGCGUAUAAUGAACAAGUUAUUUACAUAAAUUUAUGUAUAGUUA